CUUCCUGGGAAUAAGAUUCCACCGCAGACAUUUUUGUGCACUGAAAACUUGACAACUCUGCUGCUGAAAAGUCUGGGGUUAUAUCUAAGCAGAUUUGGGACAAGAAUCACAGAAAGCUCCUAAUAAGAACCAUGUGGCUAAAGGUGGUAGCUCUCGCCCUCCUGGCUACAGGAGCAUCAGCUGUCCUGAGUAACCACGCUACCACCUUGGCUGACAACUGUGCCAAAUUGGCUUUCAGUCUUUACCAAAACAUUGCAAAGGAAAAGAGUGAAGAGAACAUCCUCAUUUCCCCUGUGGUGGUCGCCUCUUCCCUGGGUCUUGUUGCUCUUGGGGGAAAAGCUUCCACUUCCUCUCAGGUGAAAAGUGUUCUGAGAGCAGACAAAGUGACGGACGAGCAACUUCAUUCCGGCCUGGCUGAGCUCCUGACUGAGGUCAGCGACCCCAAGACACGCAACGUCACCUGGAAGAUAAGCAAUCGUCUAUAUGGACCCAACUCUGUCAACUUUGUGGAUGCCUUUGUGAAGGGCAGCAAAAAACAUUACAAUUGUGACCACUCCAAAAUAAACUUCAAAGAUAAGAAGAGUGCGCUGAAUGCCAUCAAUGAAUGGAUCGUUAAGUCCACUGAUGGCAAAGCGCCUGAGAUGACAAACCGCGUACGAGACACGGAUGGUGCCAUCAUCAUCAACGCAAUGUUUUUCAAACCUCACUGGGAUGAGCAGUUCCAUCAUAAGAUGGUGGACAAGCGUGGAUUCAUGGUCUCUCAUGGUUACACCAUCUCUGUCGAUAUGAUGCACCGCACAGGUAUAUAUGGCUUCUUUGAUGACCCAACCAAUAAGCUGUCCAUCCUGAGCAUGCCACUGGCUCAUAAAAAGUCCACUUUGGUGUUCAUCAUGCCAUACCAUGUGGAGAAUCUGGACAGACUGGAGAAAAUGCUGACCAAGAAGCAACUAGACACUUGGAUGAGCAAACUUCAGCAGACGGCAGUGGCAAUGUCUCUACCCAAAGUCACAAUGGAAGUCAGUCACAACUUGGAGAAACACCUUGAGAAGCUGGGCUUGACAGAUGCAGUGAACAAAUCCAAAGCGGACUUGUCCAACAUCUCUGGGAAGAAGAACCUCUAUCUGUCCAGUGUGUUCCACGUGGCUGCCAUUGAAUUAGGCACAGAAGGAAACGAGAUUGACACGAGCGUCUUUGGCACCGACGAGAUAAAGUCUCCUAAACUCUUCUAUGCAGACCAUCCUUUCAUCUUCUUGGUGAAGGACCAGAAGACAACCUCCAUCCUGUUCAUUGGAAGGAUGGUCAGGCCGAAGGGGGAAAAGAUGAGAGAUGAAUUAUAACCACAUUCCUGUCACACGCUGAUACCAUUCCACAAUAGGAAUGAACAGGAUUGUGUCUUACUGACUUUAUUAAAUGGAAAAGGACAAAUGACUUGAAUCUCAUGAAUACUUGUCAGCCUCAUCAGGAACCAUUGGUGUGAUGAUGCAGUAACCAAUUUCGUAGGAUGUUUUUUUAUCUCUGAAAAUUGAAUUCUAUCCAGAACUGAAUUGCUCUUAUUUUUGUCAAGUCCAAAUAUGUUCUCAGAACUUUUGCCCCUCCUUUUUACGUGGGUCAGCAAUGUGAAAUACUUGAUAGCUGUCAUUACAAAAUACAGUUGGAAUUUUAAAAAGAUUACAUUUUUUUUUGUAAGUUUGUAAGCAGUUGUAAAAAGGCACUAAAUCUCGUGCAGGGGAAGGAAUGUCUCUUAUUUUCACAUGCAAAUGUUGAUUGGCGUGGUUCUGAAUGUGUGCCCAAGAUUUUUUGCUUGCAGAAGAACUGUCUCGCGAGAACAGGGCAGCCAGAAGCCAAUCAGACUGUGAACUCUGGCUACUAUAAAUGAUAAUAAACGGAAUAUGAAAGUAGCAGUGCGCAAGGCAUUAUUGGAAGCGCACAUUAAGUUCUUUGCACACACUUCAAACCCUGCAGUCCAACCUACCUUGGUCUUCCCAGCAUCCCAGCGAGUGACGUGCGGAUGUUCUUUACAGUAGGAGUUGAACAGCUGCAGCACGUGUUAAUAUCCAAGCAGAAGCUGUAGUAAUUCUACAUUUGAUCAAAGUUACUAGAUUUAUCAGAUCAAAAGAUGUAGAUGUUUGGACUUGUGUGCACCCUUAAUCACGGUUACCGUUAAUCACCACCACCAUUAACAAUGGCAGCACCGGGUCUGCUCAGAGCUGGAGUCCAACUACAGUGCACUAUGGCAGUCACACACCUCACACGUAGAGGAGAUCCGUGUUAACAAUUUAGCGGCAUGGUAGCUAUGUUUAGCAAGUAGGGGUGGGCAUUAAAAUGCACCUGCAUUCCUGGUGAAACACGCAUGAGUGUCCAAAGUGUAUCUGUGGAACGUGGCUCAUUGCAGAAAUAAAAUAACAUAAUAAUAUCAGACAGUAUGAAUUU